AUGGCCGCGACCCUCGCAAGCACAUCCUCAACUCGCUUUGUCGUUCACAAGACUUCUCUCGAGAUGACGCUUUACUACAGCAUCGUAUUCGCACUUUUGUGCUUCGAGAUGGCCAUGUUCAUGGUCCUCAUCGUACCCCUUCCAUUCACCUGGAGACGCAAGCUCUUCCACUUCCUCGCCGUCAACCCGGUUGUCGCCAAGAUCCAAUACGGUCUCAAGAUAACAUUCAUCUUCGUUGCGGUCCUCUUUGUCGAUGCCGUUCAACGCAUGGUCAAGGUCAUGUCGGAAGGCGAAACUGCCCGCGACAACCGCGGCGUUCAGGACGUCCGUACCGAAACCAACUACGCUGCGCGCAAAUUCUACAGCCAGCGCAACAUGUACUUGACCGGCUUCACCCUUUUCCUCAGCCUGAUCCUUUCGCGCACCUACUCGCUCAUCCUCGACCUCAUCAACACGCAGGAGGAGCUCGUCGCGCUCAAGAAGGGUUCCAAGACCGCCGGUAGCGGAGCCGACAUCGAGAAGAAGUACCAGACCGAAAUCGACACGCUCAAGAAGCAAACCAAGCAGCAACAGCAGGAGUACAACCGCCUCAGCGACGAACUCGCCAAAGCCACCGGCCAGACUUCCACCAAAAAGGACUAA